AUGCCCACUGAGGCUCCACCUGCAGAAGACAUUCCUGUCGUGAAUCCUUACGCUCCUCCAGUAAUUCCGCCCGUGCCGGUCACUCCUGACUUCAUUCCUGAAGGACCAGGUCCAGUGGUAUGUGCUCAACCCUAUCGCCGCGUCGAAGUACUGGGCAACUGCAACAUUCCCCCACGCCGACGACACGGUGGCCCCGCUCCUAGUGAACGCAACCAACCAGUUGUUCAGCCAGAGCAAGACGUUCCAGCCGCCUACGGCGCUCCACCAGCUCCAGUGCCCAUGCCGAUCCCUGCACGGGAAGAGCCUGCACCGAUGCCACCCGCAGUGCCGAAGAAAAAACACCAUGAGAAGCCACACAAGAGCACCGCGGAGAAGCCGAUAAGUUCCGCCGGCCACCACGCCUGCUCCGCCUCGCGACGAGCCUGCCCACUCGAGAACCGAUGCCAAUGGCCCAGGCCGAAACGCGUAUGCCUAAUGCCCAGCCGAACCGGAUGCCAAUGCCCGAGGCCGACCCGAUGCCAAGGCCCGAAGCCGAAACCGAUGCCAAAGCCGCCGAGACCGAUGCCGCAGCCAAUUCCGCCAGCUCGUGAAGAGCCCGCAAAACCCUACGGGUACUAG